GGGGCCGAUGUAGGCCAGGCCGCGCGGGCGGGGCCGGGGCGAUGGGGAAUCUGUUCGGUCGCAAGCGGCAGACCCGCGUUACCGAGCAAGAUAAGGCCGUGCUGCAACUAAAACAGCAACGAGACAAAUUAAAGCAAUAUCAGAAAAAGAUUUUUCUACAGCUGGAGCGAGAGAGGAUUGUUGCUCGUCAACUACUAAAAGAUGGCAAGAAAGAGAAAGCCAAGCUUCUGCUAAAGAAGAAGCGUUAUCAGGAGCAAUUGUUAGACAAAACUGAAAACCAAAUUAGCAAUUUAGAGCGCAUGGUCCACGAUAUUGAAUUCACACAGAUUGAGAUGAAAGUGAUUGAGGGUCUCAAAAUUGGCAAUGAAUGUUUAAAUAAAAUGCACCAAGUUAUGUCAAUAGAAGAGGUGGAAAGAAUCAUGGAUGAAACCCAGGAGGCUGUAGAGUACCAGAGGCAAAUAGAUGAGAUAUUGUCUGGAAGCUUCACUACAGAGGAUGAAGAUGCUAUUUUAGCUGAAUUAGAUGCCAUCACUCAGGAGCAGAUUGAUCUUCCAGAGGUUCCCUCAGAGCCUCUCCCAGAAAAGAUUCCAGAAAAUUCGCCCAUCAGAAUCAAACCAAAGCCAGAAUUGAUUGCUGCAUCUUAACUCCACUACCUGCGGGGUAUCUCUGCAUUGAAUCUCGGAAUCCCAGCAUGCCUGGGAUAUAGGAGGCCUCCUUGCUGGCUUUACCCAGCCAUACUGGAGCAGGUUUUCUGCACAGAAUGGAAGCUGUAACUGGUUAAUGUUCCCAUAUCAAGGUUAUUUUGUAGCGUGCACACUCCUCCUUUUUGUAAUUUAAACGGGAUUAAACGGUGACUCUUAAACCUUCCAAGCCAAAUGCUUUCUGCGACCAGAUUUCAGCUACAGACCUGCCUCAGAUGCCAGCAGAGCCUCCCUGUCUUUCGUUCUCGCUCUCUCAGUUCCUGAUACACGUUGGAGCAUGUUGUCACUGCUCGGCUAUCCAGAGGAAAGAACUUCUGUGGAACUUCUUGGCCUUCCUCUUGACUCAUUUCUCACUGGCUUUUCUGAAAGGCUGUUUUCUUUUGGCAAGGAUGGAAUCUCUGAA